GCUAGCAAGUCGUGUCAGCUAGUUAGUGAAGACAAGCUCUUUAAACACUUGCAGUGUUGGGAUUAUGAAUUGAUUGAUCCUUGUAGCGUUAGUUUAUUUUAACUCUGUCUCCACAGUCCAGAUAACAAGCCAACUAACAAAAUGAACAUACGAAACGCGAGGCCGGAGGACCUCAUGAAUAUGCAGCACUGCAACCUGCUGUGUCUUCCAGAAAAUUAUCAGAUGAAAUACUAUUUCUAUCACGGAUUGUCUUGGCCUCAGCUCUCAUACAUUGCAGAGGACGAAAAUGGCAAAAUUGUGGGAUAUGUGCUGGCAAAGAUGGAGGAGGACCCUGAUGAUGUUCCCCAUGGACACAUCACAUCUCUGGCUGUGAAGCGUUCCCACAGACGUCUUGGCCUGGCUCAGAAGUUGAUGGAUCAAGCCAGCCGGGCCAUGAUCGAAAACUUCAAUGCUAAAUAUGUCUCACUUCAUGUUCGCAAAAGCAACCGAGCAGCCUUGCAUCUGUACUCGAACACACUCAAAUUCCAGAUUAGUGAGAUAGAGCCCAAAUACUAUGCAGACGGGGAGGAUGCCUACGCCAUGAAGAGAGACCUGAUCCAACUGGUUGAUGAGAUGAGAAAGCCCGGAGUGCGUCUCCCGGGCCAGGAGGCUCCGUCUGGCCAGAGCCCGCCGGGAUCUUGUGAUCAGGAGAGAGAGAAUGAGAGAGACAGCGCAGGAGAGAGCAAAGAGCUGAGUGAAGUCAGCGAGGCAACAGAAAGCACUGAUGUUAAAGAUUCUUCUUCUGAUUCACAAUGACGCUGCAGUUCUAGACAUUUAAAAUUCAUCCCUUGCUUCCUCCUUUUUUAUCCCUAUUUGACAAUAUGCCUGGCUGUACAAACUAUGACUAUCUGCGUCGAAGCCUUUCUGUCACUGGUUUUUCUUAAAGCUUGCUUUCCACUGCAGUGACGAACAAAAAGUCUUGGAUAAUGACUUGAAUCAGGGUGUUGCCUAAAUGAAACUACAACGAAUAACUGGUCUCAAUGUUUUUAUUGGAUUGCUGUUGUCAUUACCAAGAGUUUCCCAAAGUUCUGUGGGAUUUAGGUUAUUUAAUACAAUUUGUGCUCUGCAAGUUGUCUCAAUCUGGUCUCUUAAUUAUUUAACAGAAUUACUGCAAAUAAAUCAUUAAAAUAAUA